UCAGCUAUUGGCAAUACUACCUCUGGACAAUGGGCACUCUCAAUGUUUGACCUUUGACAUUUGAUACCCUGUACCUGAACUCUUUAAUUCACUUUGGUCUGAUUUUAGUCUUACGAAACCUAUAACUAGAGGCGGUUUCUUUUGUACAAAUCGAGUAUCAAAAUGAAGUGUUUUAUACUAAUAUGUUUGAUAGGACUGUCUUUUGGAUAUGAAGAUAAAACAGUUGCCCAAUACCUAAAGGAUACGCCUGGGUUUGUGACCCUCGCGAGUUUACUGCAAUCUACUGGCCUGGAUGCUGCUUUAGAUAAAGACGGACCAUACACUGUAUUUGCACCGACAGACGAUGCUUUGCGAAAUGUUGACGUUUCUGGUUUUACCAAUGAUCAAUUAAUAAGUAUAUUAACAUAUCAUGUGGUCCCCGAGUUUGUUCUUGUACCACAAAUUAGUCAGCCUGCAGCAAAAAGGACGCUUAAUAAUCAAACUUUAACACUCGAGCAAUCCGGAGGAGGUUUAUUGAUCAAUAAAGGUCAAGCCUAUCCCGCAAACGUGGUGGCCGGAGGAAAUGACGUCAUUGUAAACAACGGAGUGAUUCAGCCAAUCAACGGUAUUCUUAUACCACCGGCACUCCCUACAGCACCGCCAACCGCAGCCCCAACUACACCUGCUACAUACAAUAUUUACCAGCUUCUCCUCCGAGACAAUCGUUUCCAAAAUUUAGCACUUGCCAGUUUAUUAGCCAAUAUUACCAAUGACCUAGAGCAAAUUGAAAUGACCUUGUUUGCACCUACAAAUGCUGCUUUUGCCCUUUACGUGAACAAUCUGUUGGACCCUACUGCUCCGAAUGCAAUAAGAGUCUACCAAGAGGUGCUCAAAUACCAUGUAGUGCCCGGACGAAGACCUGCGAGUGCUCUAAGAACAGGUGCAUUAUACACAUUGCAUGGAACACCAGUCAAUAUUACAAUAGGAGCAGGUGUUACAGUAAACAAUGCUAAUGUUAUAGAAGCAGAUAUAAUGGCAACAAACGGGGUUAUUCAUGCUAUCGACCACGUUUUGAUUCCUCAAGACCUUUACCAGAUAGUUGGUGGAAGGAAAUAGGAAGAAAUCGUACAUUGACGAACAGUUAUUUGAGCUACACGAUCGGCUACAUUUAUCUUUUAUCAGUUUUAUCUUAUUUGUACCAUUUUAUUUAUGAACAUUGUUUUGUUUUAAGUCUUGUUUGUUAAUAUCUGCAUGUGUCCGCAAAUAUUUAGUCGCUUGAUUAUGCAUUCUUUUGUUACAUAACUUUACGAUUCUUUAACUUUGUUCACAGAUAACGAUAAUAAUCCACUGAAUAGAGUGUAGUUAGUAAUCGGCUGCUCCAGGAAGGCCCAUUAAUCAAGUAAUACAUUAGAAGUGAAAUUCAACAGUUUUAUUGUAAAUGAUACAACGAAGAAAAAAUAUCUUCCUUAUGAAAGUCCAGCAAUCCACAAGCUUCAUUAACUUAUUACCUGAUGAAUUUUUAAAUGACAUUGUCUAGGUUCCAUUCUCCUAACUGUCUAUAAUUAAUAGAACAUUGAUAUUAAGCCUAUCCGGACAUCACGGAUGUGCAGGCUUGUCUUGUUUAAUACCAUUGAGAAAGGCUCGUCGUUUUUGGUUCUAGCAUGUUUCUCACGACUGUUUUCCUCGAUUUUGUGUCUUAUUGAUCAUUAUAACACGGGAAUGGAAAAUAGUGAAAUGCUUCUCGGUUUUACAGUAUGAUAUUCAUUCCUUACAACAUAUGUAUUUUUGAGAUAUUGCGUUUCCAAUGAAACAUAUAGCAAAAACUAUUGUGUUAUGAAAUGAACUUACAAUAAAUAUUGAGCUCUAUGAUAUACA